UUGCCCCUGGCGACCAUGUGGGUAGCGGAACCUGCUAUGAUGCGGCGCUCAGGCCCGGUUCCGAUAGGGAGACGGUGUAGGCGUCACCCUGUACCUGGCGCGGCUGGUUUGAAGGUUGCUGCGUGGUUGAAAAAAAUAUUUGGAGAUCACCCCAUUCCGCAAUAUGAGGUGAAUCCUCGGACCACGGAGAUUUUACAUCACCUUUCAGAACGCAACAGAGUCCGGGACAGGGAUGUCUGCCUGGUAAUAGAGGACUUGAAACAGAAAGCAAGCGAAUAUGAAUCAGAAGCCAAGCACCUUCAAGACCUUCUCAUGGAAAGUGUGAAUUUUUCCCCUGCCAAUCUGUCUGGCGCUGGUUCUAGGUACCUGAAUGCUUUGGUUGACAGUGCAGUGGCCCUUGAAACAAAGGAUUCCUCACUAGCUAGUUUUAUCCCCGCAGUGAAUGAUUUGACGUCUGAUCUUUUCCGUACCAAAUCCAAAAAUGAAGAAAUCAAGCUUGAAUUGGCAAAACUUGAAAAAAAUCUAACUGCAACUUUAGUGUUGGAAAAAUGUCUACGAGAGGAUCUAAAGAAGGCAGAGUUGCAUCUGUCUACGGAAAGGGCCAAAGUUGACCAUCGUCUUCAGAACAUGGAUUUCCUAAAAGCAAAGUCGGAGGAGUUCAGAUUUGGAAUCAGAGCUGCAGAGGAGCAACUUUCCACCAGAGGCAUGGAUGCUUCUCUGUCUCACCAGUCCCUCGUAGCGCUCUCAGAGAAAUUGGCAGAACUAAAACGACAGACAAUACCUUUGAAGAAAAAAUUGGAGUCCUAUUUAGAUUUAAUGCCGAAUCCGUCGCUUGCUCAGGUGAAAAUUGAAGAAGCAAAGCGGGAACUAGAUACCAUUGAAGCUGAGCUUACAAAGAAAGUAGAUAUGAUGGAACUGUGACCAGAGUCCAGUCAGCUUCAUCGUCCCUAACAAAACAAUGAGACAAUAGCGAAUGUGACAGAAGCAGAGGAUUAAAAGCUGUGUGUUGGAGCUUGCCCUCUCUUAUGGCUCUGGAAUUCUGAAACCACUACGUAAAGCAACUUGAAUUGUUGGCAGAUGAGAAGCUACAUGGAGCAGAAACAAGUGAUUCCAGCCGAGCCUUGCCUCUACCCAAGACAAGCAGGCUGCCAACUGCCAGCCAUAUGAAUGAGGCCUUCUUAGACUGUCCAGCCCCCGUCAAGCCACCAGCAGGCAGCAGAGAUCAACCAACCUGGCCUGGGCCAGAAGCCCACAAAGUCAACCUAUAUAUCAUGAGAAAUAAUAAAUGAUUGUUAUUUGAAGCUUA